UAGUGUCAGCAUCUCUUCUCACUGUGCCAGCAACACUCAGACAAGAAGAAGCAAUCCAGAGAGGAACAGAAAAAUAGAAAAGGAGAUUAACACCCCCCCUACCCAUCCCUCAUUCUUGGAUGCUCCCUCUGUCCCCCCCACCCCCAUUGCUGUAGAGAUUGUCUCCGGAACAAGUGGAAGAGCAAGAGUGAAUGCAGGGAGGGAGUGCAUAGCAACGAGACUUCAAAAUGAAGAAGGGCCAGGGGAAUCAUCUCCGGGAGCCAAUAAUUCCAGACUUAUUAAUGACUCCAAGUGAUCAUGGAGAUGGGGAUUUGGAAAUGGAGCAUCCUGAAGACAGAGGGAAUUGGACGGGCAAACUGGAUUUCCUUUUGUCUUGUAUCGGAUACUGUGUGGGACUGGGAAAUGUCUGGAGGUUUCCAUAUCGAGCCUACACAAAUGGGGGAGGAGCAUUCCUUGUUCCGUAUUUCAUCAUGCUGGCAAUAUGUGGUAUUCCCAUCUUCUUCAUGGAGCUGUCACUGGGCCAGUUCUCAAGCCUGGGGCCUCUUGCUGUUUGGAAAAUAAGCCCACUGUUUAAAGGUGUUGGCAUGGCUACAAUCCUGAUUGUUUCUUUGGUGGCAAUUUACUAUAACAUGAUCAUUGCCUAUGUUCUCUUCUACCUCUUUGCCUCAUUGACAAAAAACUUGCCCUGGCAGUACUGUGGCAACUGGUGGAACACAGACCUAUGCUUGGACCACCACGUCAUGCAGACAGGGAAUGGUGCUGUCCCACUCAACAUCUCUAAUACUGUCAGCCCGAGUGAGGAAUAUUGGAGCCGUUAUGUCCUCCACAUCCAAGAGAGCUCGGGUAUUGGGGAUCCUGGGAGAAUUCGUUGGAAUCUGUGCCUUUGCCUCUUCCUUGCCUGGGUCAUUGUAUACUUGUGCAUCUUAAAGGGAGUCAAAUCUUCUGGCAAGGUUGUGUAUUUCACCGCCACAUUUCCUUACCUCAUCUUGAUCAUGCUCCUGAUUCGUGGUGUAACGUUAGAAGGAGCCUGGUUAGGUAUUAAAUUCUAUCUCACACCCCAGUUCCAUCACCUGCUGUCUUCCAAGGUGUGGAUUGAAGCAGCUUUGCAGAUCUUCUAUUCUCUUGGGGUGGGAUUUGGGGGACUGCUGACCUUUGCUUCAUACAACACCUUCCACCAGAAUAUCUACAGGGAUACAUUUAUAGUAACCUUGGGAAAUGCCAUCACCAGCAUCUUGGCUGGCUUUGCCAUCUUCUCAGUUUUAGGCUAUAUGUCCCAAGAACUUGGUGUCCCUGUUGACCAAGUGGCCAAAGCAGGUCCAGGCUUAGCAUUUGUGGUGUACCCUCAGGCCAUGACAAUGCUUCCUCUCUCUCCUUUCUGGUCUUUCCUUUUUUUCUUCAUGCUGUUAACUCUGGGCCUGGACAGCCAGUUUGCCUUUCUAGAGACUAUUGUUACUGCCGUGACAGAUGAAUUUCCAUACUAUCUGCGACCAAAGAAAGCUUUUUUCUCAGGCAUCAUUUGUGUUGUGAUGUUCCUCAUGGGACUCAUUCUCACAACAGAGGGUGGGAUGUAUUGGCUAGUUCUGCUGGAUGACUAUAGUGCUGGUUUUGGACUCAUGGUGGUAGUCAUUACUACCUGCUUGGUAGUUACACGUGUAUACGGAAUAAAGAGGUUUUGCCGAGAUAUUCACAUGAUGCUGGGCUUCAAACCAGGGAUGUAUUUUAGAGGUUGCUGGUUGUUCCUGUCCCCAGUUACAAUGAUGGCUCUACUUGUGUAUAGUAUAAUCAAGUACCAACCCUCCGUUUACGGAACCUACCAAUUCCCACCCUGGGCCGAGGUCCUAGGCAUCUUGAUGGGAGUCUUCUCCUGCCUGAUGAUUCCCAUGGGGAUGGUUUUUGCUGUGCUCCAAGAAGAAGGGACACUCUGGCAGAGAAUACAGCAAGCUAGCCGAUCAACCCUGGACUGGGGUCCUUCUCUGGAGGAAAACAGAACUGGCAUGUAUGUGGCCACCUUGGCAGGCAGCCAGUCUCCUAAGCCUUUGAUGGUUCAUAUGCGAAAAUAUGGGGGAAUAACCAGCUAUGAGAAUACAGCCAUGCAGGUGGAUAGAGAGAUUGAAGAGGAUGAAGAGGACUCCAUGAUGUGAAUCCAAACAAAAGUGAGGUAGAAGGUAAAGAGAACAUGGGGAGCAGACUCCUGAACUUCCAUGCAGAGUUGCACUUGGGCAUUGCAGGUCACUCAGCAGCCUCUGUCCAGAUGCAGUCAAAUGCUGCUGAUCAUUCAGCAUCUCACAGCAGUGAACUCUGGUUGGGAAUCCUAUGUUGUUGAGGUUACUGUUCAGUGUGGCGAAAAGAUGUGCAAUGGAUCUCUGUGUUAAUGCUCCAGUGUCUUGUCUUGUAGACAGUACUUGGACCCAUCCAUGUUGUAUUUUCCUUCCCACAUCUCUCUAAGCAGAUUUCCAUUUUCCAAAAGCCCAGUUUAGUCAGAUCUGCAACUGAUAUCUAUCUUCUGCAGCCAAGUUAAAAACUCUGUAUAUUGCCUGUGUUAAUAUUUGGUAGCUUGCUAACUGGUUGGAAAUCAGCUUGUUUCUGGGAAUCUCAGAACCCAAGAGUACCAUAACAUAAAUUAGAAUUUACUUCUUUCAUUCAAGAAAGAGCAAAUUUGUUUCAUCUUAUGGAUCAAUGUGGGUAUGCCAAAGGAAGUGGAAUGGAAAACCAAAUUCAUGACAAGAAAGAUAUCCACAUUAAGAAUACUUUAAAAUAUAGCAGGAAAAUGUACAAUUGUUUAUCUGUAUUUGAAAAUUCAUUGCAAAAAUAUUUGAAACUCUAGUUUCUAGGUAUUCAUGGACAUUCUUCACCUUCACAUCUAGGGAGUGGUUUAUAUACACAGAGGCAUAUAAACCUGCUAGAGGAAGAGGUGUACAAGUGCACCUCUAUCAUGCAAGUAUGGAAUAGAUUACACAACUUUUUUGUGUACAGUUGACAAUUUGUGCUAUGCUUGGACAACUCCAUUUUGAGCAGAAACACUUAUAUGAAUCACAAUAAGACUUCUACAGCCAUAUGCACAAGAUUCUGGCAUCAUCCACUACUUUAAGUGCACAGAAGAGGUAAAAGCAUACACAAAUGAAGAAUGCAUGGAUGGGUCCUCAGCCUGUGGGCAGUUUUGGAAUUUUGAGAAUAUUGAGUGGAUACCACCAAAAUAAGCCUGCCAUGGAACCAACCACAAACUAUUGGGAGGUUCCAAGCCAAACAUUCUACGAAGGUGGGGUUAUAUGUUGCUCAGUUAGUAUUUCCUUAAAACACAAAGGUGAUGCCUGUUGGGCAGUUCUGAAGCCUCUCCUCUCCAAUUAGGUGGAGGAAAGCCAGUAUUGCUUGGCAAAGGAGAUGAGUAUAGAAAGUGGAUGUCAGAUAAUAAAUAUAUCACCAGGCAGCUAUGGGCACCACACUUGGGAUCACUGGAUUGAUACAAACUGGCCUGUACUUCAGAUUUCCCACUGUAGAAAUGAGUAGAUAGGUAAUUGUACACAUCAAGGUGAAAUAGACUUAACCAUGCUGUAAUGUGAAUGUAUAAGUGAUACUGACUAAAAGGUAAAUUUUUAGCCCAAUAAUAAGCAGAGUUAUACUGUUCUAAGUCCAUUUCAAUUGAUGGGCUUAGAAAAGUGUAAUUUUGUUUAGGAUUGUACAGCCAGGAUCCUUUCUACAGUCUGCGCUAAAUUAACACCACUCAGUUGGAGUACAAAUACCAUCAGAGAGGAUCAAAUGGUUUCAAGGUCUCAGGUGUGAAAACGGCCUACACAGCUAUCACCAAAGAGACCCAACUGAGAUUUUGGUUAUGUUCGAGUUGCUAGCACUUCACAUAAAGGAAGAGAGCUCAUAAAAAAAUGCGAGGAAUUCUUUUUUCCACCAAACAGUAAAUCCCUAGCUGAUCAGAAAGUGAGUAUUUUUAGUAAGCAGACUUAUUUUUAAAAAAGAAAGGAAAUGUAGGGAAAGCAGCUAUUUUAUGAAACCAUACAAAUAGCACUGCUUUUUACUCUUGAUGGGCAAAAAAAAAAAUCCUUAAGAAUCUGUAGAGGCUGCCAUGCCAGAUUUCAAAAAUCUAUUUACAUAGAAGGAAUGAUUUCCUGCAGCUGCAUCUAAAGAGAAUGAACAAAGGAAUUUAGUAUGAGGCCAUUAUCUGCUUUGCUAUUUAUCAGCCAAGGUGGAACAGACUGGGGGUGUUAUCAAAUUGUGCCAUUCACAUGGGUAGAUGGGAUUCUUUAUAACUACUCCAUUAAAGUAUGAAAAGAAGGACAGCUAAAGUGAUUAUUUCUCACAGUGCUUGGUUUUCUUAAGAUAUAGUCAUUUUUGUUUGCCCUUGAAUUAAUGGGGCUUAAGCAGCAGCCUAUUGACAUUGAAGAGCCUUCUGUGCGUCUGCCUCAAGAACUACAGUUCAAGUAGGUCAGAGGGGAAAAAAAGCAGUACGUUAGUGAGCUAUAUUUUAAGAUUUUGCUAAAAAAUAUUUGGCAGAAAAAAGGGGAAAGAAAUCUCUCAGUUCCAGCCUGGCACAUAAAUGUGCUGUCUGUGAGCUGCCUCCAGACAUUUUUCUAGGGCAAACACAAAUUUCCCAUGUGGGCUCUUCUUUGUGACUUUGGCACAAAACCUGUAUAUCUAACAGGGUCUCAAGCCCUAAUGAAUGUCACUAGAGAAUUCCCACUUUCUACAAAAGCUGUUUUAGAGACUGAAAAGGUCUUGAUUUACUUGGAAAGUAAAUAGAAAAAUAGCUUGUCUAUUCUAAUCUGGAAUUUCUGUUACUCGUAAGGUAAUGACUUCAUCUUGGUAUAUGUGUGACCAACUGUAUGUCAGAAUCUAGUAGUGCUCAGCUGCACUUAUCUGUGUUCAUAAUAUAUUCUUGCCUAUUAUAUGUUUUCUUGAAUUUGUGUGUGUAUGUGAGUGCACGCGCGUGUGUGUGUUUGAUAUUAAAAUAAGGCAGAUCCAGUCCUCUAAGUUUUAUGUUUUGAUGUAAACUUGUUUUAAAACUGAAAAGCAAUAUGCUUGCAAUUACUUCCUCCUUUUCAGUCUUGAACAUCUUGACUUAUUCAGAUUUCACUCAAAACAUCUUUUGGCCAUUGGUGAUAUGAAAUGACAUUUGAAAUGCAGUUAUCCAAUUUUAAAUUGAAUUAAUGGCCAUUCAGGAAGGUGGCUUUACAACCUCAUUUUGACACGCCUGCAUGUUUGUGUUCAUGUGCAAAUAGAUGCGAUCCAUUCUGAAGCAGGUUUUUAGCCCUGCAGGGCCACCCUCUACAACUUUUCAGAGGAUGGGCACUUUCUGGAGUGGCUUUUUUCAUAUUUCACCUUCUCCUCCCCAUAAAAGAAGACUGCACUCAGACAUUAUAAUAAAUAAUGAUUUAUUAAUUGUGCUUUGAUCACACACUAGUUAGUUGUAACAAGUAUGUAGCUGGUGUAACCAUAGUUUGUACUAAUUGUAUUUUGCUGUAAUUUCUGAAUAAACAAAACAUAACUUGUUAAGUGGCAGUGCUCCUCCUGGCCUCCUGGCCAAACAGUCAACAGUACAGGGAGCUACAGUGAGUAUUCUGUAAGAAGGCAAAGAAGUAAACAAUCAGGGUUUACAUACAAACUGAUUUGUAACUUGUGUCUGGUAGACUAACUGCAAUUUACAGUCUAUCAUGAUGGCUUAAUGCAGCCAAUUUUUCACUAUUAGCAGGCGUAGUUUCCUCACUUAGUUGCUCCUGAUUGACCUUCAGUGUGGGCAUCUGCAAUAUCUCAGACAAAAGCUUCUCACCAGCCUGAUCAGAUUGCUUUCUCUUCAAAAGGAGCAUGUAUGCACAUCAGCAAUGAUGCACAUUGGUCAAAUAUUGAGAGAAACAUGUGAGGUCACUGACUAAUUUUAACCCAAAGCUUAUCUGCUGAGAGGUUGACCAUCAUGGUACAAAAGUUAAGAGAAGAGUUUUUGCUAAUAGGGUAAUUUUGACUUCAUGCUUUGUAUGUUCAUGCCCUCCUAGAAAGCAAAUAAAAGGGAGUAUAGUAUGAACUGAUAGAUAUGUUAUGUUAGGUCCAUCAGAUCUCUUGAAAUAGCUGAAACCAUAGAGUUUCCAUGGAAUCCUACAGGAUAGCCCCAAAGCCAGGGUGUCAUAUUUGGGGUUGCACUAGAAGUGAUGUCACAGUAUCAGAAACAUAGCAGUUUGAAUCUCCCCACCCGACCCUGGCGGUUGCAAUCCCUUGGCCAGCAACCCUGUUAUGUCAACACCAUGUUUAAGGGUGCUUAUCUGGGUAUAUUAACUAUGUUCAAGGAACUGUUGUGUGUAACUUUCAAAUGUGCUGUUUUGUCUUGGGUGUGCUGUUUUCUAUCAGCAUCAGAGAGGCCUCUUGUACAUGUACAGGGCAAUGCAAUUGCUGCAUAAUUACAUACUGAAGCUGGCUCACAUGGAACUCCAGUAAUCGUGAAGAAACACACGAGGGAUGGUAAUUGUAGCUUAAGUGGACUUUUAUUUUUGACAACAUGGAAGUCUCAUUAAUCUGGAUCAUAAUACACCAGUCGGCACAGGACAAUAGUCUGUUAAACAAAGCUAAAGGGGCUGAUUCCCCAAGUUAUCUGAAUAGAUGGUUUGUGUUUGAGGUAAUGUGAGGUGAAAUAAAAGCUUUGUCUAUA